CUCUCUCUCUCCCUUUUUAUCAAAUAGGAUAUGUGUUGGGGUACUCUUGGAACGGUGCGACCCUUCUCCAAUUUCCACCAGGACCGGGAUGCCAUGGAGAUCCAGGCAGCGUUGGAGAGGAAAGAUGCGGGGACUCUCGUGAGAAUCCUAACCAAUCGGAACAAUGCCCAAAGACAAGUGAUCGCAAAGACCUUUGAAGAAAUCACACAAAAGAACCUGGCAGCUGGUGUUAAGAAAGCUCUGGCUGGAGAUCUGGUGACUCUAUUGUUGGAACUGCUGAUGCCUCCUCUGCAAUAUGAAGCUCUACGCCUGCAACAGGCCAUGGUGGGUUUAGGCACAGAUGAGGAAACACUACUGGAGAUCCUGUGCACACGAUCUGGAAAGCAUCUUCAAGAAAUCAGUACUGCAUACCAACAUUUUCAUAAGAAGGACCUGGAGAAGGAACUGAAAGGGGAAACCAGUGGAGACUUUGCUAAACUUGUUGUGGCUUUGCUAAAUAAAGAAAAUAUUGCUGGUGUGGUUCAAAGAGAUGUUGAGGCUCUUUCUGUGUCACUAAAUGGGAAAAAAGCUGAUGCAGGACCAUGGAUUGACAUACUGACCUCUAGAGACUCAGACCAUCUUAACAAAGUGCUGAUGGGACUGGAGCUGGAGAGCGGAAAGAUGGUGGAUCAGACUGUGGAGAAGAGGUUUACAGGAGACAUUCAACUGGGUUUGAAAGUUUUAGUACAGUGCAUUCAAAACCCUGAUGUCUACCUGGCCAAAAGACUAACAACCAUGAAGACGCCAAUAGUGCAGGGGAUUAUGGUGUCUCACUGUGAGGAAGAUCUGUUGUGUAUCCGAGCUGCCUACCUUAAAUUAACAGGCACUUCUCUCUACACUGCUCUGCAGAAACAAUUCAAAGGAGAUCAUCUACAGGCUCUGCUGGCCAUCUGUCGAUCUGAAGAUUAAAAAAAAAGCUUUCUUGCUACUUUUCAUAUUUUAUGAAAUCUCAUUCAAUUGCAUGCUUUGCAU